AUGAUCCAUUCAGACGAUGUUCCCAUUACGUGGCACUGUUACUUUCUUUCAGAUGGGUAUGUCUUGAUAUCAAUCCCUUCUCCAUCAUCAUACAUCAUAAAAUGAAUGCUUUUUGGAGAUAAUUCAUGUUAUACUUAGAUCAUAGGCAUUAAGUGUGUUAUUUAAAAGUGUAAUAAAUACACUGCACUCAGCUGACACGCUUGAAUUUUUGUUUUCAUAAUGAAGUUAUUUUCCUAUUUUAAUACUACUCUUACCUCCCAGGCACUUGGCUAGCAGAGUCCAGAUUGGAUCACCGGUUAUCAUAAGACUUUCCCGGAUGCCCAUAUUGUCUGAACCAGGUAAGACACAUUUUCAGAACUUCAGGAAUCUAAUGCAAACAGCGUCAAAGACGACAGUGUCUAUAGGCAAUGAGAGCAUUCCCCUACUUAAGUCUGUGGACCACGACUCUUCAGAAUAUAUGACAAUUGCACAUUAUUUGAAACAGUGGCAUAGCACGCUGGGAGAUGGAGUCCACAACAGCCGGAGCUCAAGAUUCAAUUAAAUGUUGUUCAGAAAAGGAUGCAGUCAUUGUUUGUGGUGUCCAUCUUAAAAUACAGCAGUUGCAUAGUGUUUGCCCAGAGUGGUGCUUCGUAGUGCGCAAACUACAUGGGUGGCAGAUUGUGACUUGCUGGGUGGGCUCAAGACGGUGGAUGUGUAAAAUGUGAACUAUGAUGUCAUGUUUUUUAUUUGUUUUAGAUGAACAAGACCCUAAACCUGUGUUUGGAAGAAAACCUCUGAUUUGGCAAGAGGAUGUGCAGUUAUAUUCCAAUUAUCUGGACAGAAAGGUGUGUGUAUAUCCUGCCUCGUUAAAGUCUUUAGUGUCAUGGUGUAUUCACCCCAGAUAGUAAAUCCAUACUGAAGUAUUUACUCACUAAUAACUGAACUGAAAGCAGAAAAGCUAAAUAUGGGCCAAUUGUUUGGCUAUAGUCAUAUUUCAACUAGAACUCAGUUUAGUGAAUAAGCUCUGCCUUUACCACUCCACAGCUACGAGUCUCAUGGGGAAACCCUAAAACCAGGAGGUUUUAAGUAAUGAGAAAAUAUGAAUAGAACCCUGAGAGAUAUCCCUGGUGUGUUUUAUGGUGCACAAGUACAGCUGGCAUUCAAAUGAUUAAAGAUAUUUUCCUGAUUCCCCCAUGUUACAGAAUACACUCCUGGCAGACAAGUAGAAAAAUGGCUACAAAAAUACACACACUAUUUUCAUAAUUCAGAUUCACUCGUAAUUGUCAGCUGAACCAGUCAAAGCUCAUGUUUCCAUUUCAGGCAGAACUUAUCGCAGGCCAUGAAACCUACCUCCGCCGGCACCCGGAAAUGAAGAUACUCCUGGCAGAUUUCAUGCAGUUUCUACUCCUUAGAAAGCCCGAGGAUGUCAUAACAUUUGCUGCAGAAUUCUUUGGACCAUUUUCAACUGCUCAGAAACGUGGUGACACAUUUAGGUCUUCUACAAUCCCAAACCAUUUCCAGGUCAUUAAAGAUAAUUAAACUCUGUACUGUAAUUGAAAGGAUUGUCUCCUCUGCUUGAACAAAGACACCAGGAAUCUCGUAUCUAAGUUAUAUCGUUAACUUAGAGAAGGAAUGGUUUUUAAUAAAAACACUUAAAAAAAUGUGAGUGACGUGAUAUAUCAGAGUGGAAGAUGUUCAGCAAAAGGCUGUAGGUGCCUGGAAAAGCCUUUAAGACAAAAUGUUAAACGUCGACGUAUUUUAGGAAUUGAAUUCACACGAUGUCCACUCUGGUAGCAUGCUUGAGCCAAUCUAUUUAAAGUUCAGCCAAGUCUGGAUUGGGAUGGGAAGGAUUUGUUUAAGAGGUUAACAUUAUACACUGGUUAUUAUAAGGGAAGGGUCCAAAUUCAAAGUUGAAAUAACUGAGUUUUAAAUUUUUCUGGUCAGAUUAGAAGACUGCCAACCUUAUCUGUACUUCCAUAGCCCCUCUGAUACAAAGAAAGAUUGUGUUAACAUGAAUCACAGUCACAAGAGUCAAUAGGAACUGCACUCAAUCCACAUCAGCCAAGAGGGUGCUUAACUAGACCAUGGGCCAGCACCAGCCUGACAGAAUAUAGAUGACAGUUGAAAAGAAAAGAAAAAAAAAAAAAAAAAGGUCCAUGCACUCCAGUGUUUUAUAUGCACAUUUAUUGGAACCAAGGCAGGUGCAAGUAUUUUUGGCUACAUGGGUGAAGCUGCAUUUUGCCUGCCCCCUCUGCAAAAAUGCAUCUUCACCUGUGUCUCGACAGAGACAUAUAUAUAUAUAUAUAUAUAUAUCUCUCUUAUCCCCCCCCUAUUUCUUUUUCAUGUGUUUCUUACAGCCCCUCGCCUCUUGUGUCUUACUCCCUUUCCAUAGGUCUUAUUUUACCUCACCACAUAUAGAACACACUACACAGUUUUCCAUACUGACUCACCCCCAUACAAGUUUGAGGACACCCAGAAGGCACUGCUUCCCUGACCUAUACCUAGAUACAGAGUUAGACCCUGGUUUGGGAAGUACCAGCUACCAUACCCAGAUUUUACAAGCACUAGGAACCUCACCUGUUCAUGUAUUCAAAGAGGGUCUUUGAGCUACUUCACACCAAGAAAUGCCAUUUUAUUUUCAGUGGAAAAUAAAGUGUAAUACAAUGAGAGUAUGAUAAUUAAGUACUUCAUUUGUUAUUCACCAGAUGUCAAUACAGCACAAUUCAAGCCCUUUAUGGAAUAGAAGAAAAAAAAAAAAAAAAAAAAAUUCACACCCACAAGGCAGGAAUAAAUUGGCUAUAGGUUUUUUUAUACUUCCAUUGUAUGGUUGGCAUGUUCUCAGUGAUAUUGUAUCAUGGCAGCCCAUCUAUUGCCUUAAUUGGGUUUUCCGGUUCUGCUCCAUUCAGGAGAUAGAUGGCCUUAAUAUUUGUACCUGCACCUCCUGACUGCAUCAUGUUGCGUGCAACCAACGCAUGAUGAGGUCAUACAUCGCAUGUGCUAGGGCAGUCCUCGUUUCAGAAAGUGGAUUAUCUAGCAUGUUUACUUAGUGUAUUGCAGCACUAAGUGCAAAAAAGGUACAGCACCCAGACUACUUAAAUUAGCUGAAGUGGUCUGGGUGCCUACAGUGUCACUUUAAAUUUUAUCCUGUUCCUCAUUUUUUAUUUUUGCAACACUGGGCAUGUACCAAGUUGAGCUUGAUCACUUUAUUAAUAAUUGCACCAAGGACUAAUUGUGCUGUCUUGACAUAUGUGAGUACCAAAUGCUACUUUUACCCACCAAUUGUAUUAUUGCAUCAUCCCCCUCCUAUUACCCCCAUAUUAAAAAACAAAACAAAACACAAAUUUAAUUUCUUGAUGUGACGUAACCUUGACAGAGACCCUCUUGGAGGUCGGAACAUCAGUGGUCCCAAUAACUGCCUAUAAAGCAUUGGAGUUCCAGGACCUUUUCUUUCAGUGAUACUUGUUAAGUCACAACCCCUUGGAUGACUUUGACAAAGCUCCAGUCAGGACAGAACGCCCUGAUACUAGAGCUGCAGUGACCGUCAUUAACAUAAGGAUCGGAAUUAAGUCAUGCAGAAGGCCUGUACAAUAACCUUAGCAUGAAUGGUGUGUCCUUUCACAAUAUUUAGAAAUAUCUACAUCAGCUUUCUACAGGAGGUCAGGGGCAUGAGAACUUCCUGCAUUCAGAAGAUUGGAUGAGACAUGUGAGUGCAGAAAGGAACGAUACUAGUCUUUAAAUGAAGUCCUUCACAGAAUUUGUGAAGUAAUCUUUAUUAUAAGAUUAUACAUGAGGUGCCACAUCACCAGGAACUCAAGAUGAACCAUGUAGAUUAAGAGAGUCCAGCCAUGAACUUUACUUUCUUCUGACAAAUGCAUUUCCAGGUUCAAAUGAAGCAGAGCUUGACUUGGUUAUAGCAGUUUCACAGCAUUGGGGGAAUUUUUUUUUCCCCCCCAUAAAAGAUCUUUGACUUCUAAAAAAAAUUUAAACAAAAGCCACAAACAUAAGUCAGACAACUGCAGCUAGGCUACUAUACCCAUUAUAGUAACAGAGAGCCAAUGGUAAGCCUGCAUUACGGGUUCUAUAUUAGUGGCAUUCACACAGUUAUUGGUUACUCUGUAAGAGAGUUUAAGACAUGUUUGGUUGAGGUCAGUUUUGAGUUCGCUUCAAGGAGUUUUGUCAUCGAGCCUCUUCCACAGAGAGAACUGCUUGGAGAGGCUCUGUAAUUCGGCCUUUUAUGUCAUCAUCCCUCAGUACCAUGUCUCAUGCCCAGACAUCAAGAAGCCUAUGGAACAUGGCUGCACCAGGGGCUUUAACCCCAGUGAACAUUACAUUCAACCAAUUCAGAUCAGACUAGAAGUUGUACUUACACUGAUGGUCAGCUCUACACAUUAAUCAUCUUGCAUGGACUCCAUAAAGCAGGCUUUGGCAUUGGGACCAGCAAGUCAUCCACAGUAUACCUGUAUGGAGAAAUAAAUGUAUUGUUACAUCUUACACAUGAGUAAUAGAAUCCAGAAGCAGAGAUACCUAGUCCAUGGAUCAAAUGAGAAGCUUUCAUUUAAAAGGGACACUAGUCACUUGAACUUCAACUUAAUGAGGUUGUUCAGGUGAGUGCUACAGCUCCCUGCAGCCUUUUUCUUGUAAGCACUGUAUUUGCAUAGAAAAUAAAUAGUGUUUACAUUGAAAGCUAGGAACACCUCUAGUUGCAGGUCAAACGGUCACAGGGACUUAGAGUUCAGAAAAAAACAAAAAAAAACCCACCCUCAUUCACGUCUGACGUAUUCACGCGUGGGUGAAUACUUCAGACGUGCCAUCAUCACACAAAGCACUGGGAAUACGCUUUGUGUGCUGAGGCUGUCAGCACUGCGUGGAGUGGCUUGAGCACACAGGCUGGAGGAUCCAAUCUGUAAGUAAACUUGUUUAGUGGGUGAGGAUAUGGAUGGAGAGUGUGUGUAUGUCUUUAAUUUAUAACGAUAUAGAUAUCUAGUGUUUCUAUGCAAACACCGUUUGGUUGAGGAGGGGGGCAGGUAUAGAAAGCAAGCUGAGCUGUCAGUUAGACAGCUCAGCUCGCGAAUGCGCAUUCUGCGCGGUAGAGGCGCAGAGUUCAUUCAUAGGGCGGCAUCCAAUGCAGCUCUAUAAAGAAUGCAAUUGGUGCAGAGCGAAGCCAUGCAUGCGCACCAGAUUGCACUAAGCCAAGUUUAGCGAGGACAGAAAUACAAGAGAAGUUUGGAAAUGUAGCAGGUGCUAUGUGCAAGCUAGUUAUAUAAAGCAGUUCUAGGCCCAUCUAACCAUUCAUUUUACAGAUAACCGGGAUACAGCCAGUCAUUUAAAGGGACAGAAGUGUAACAGGGAUAGCCAGCAUUAAGGGUUCUAUGUUAGCCACAUUCACAGUUAUUGCUUACUCUGUAAGAGAGUUUAAGACAUGUUUGGUUGAGGUCAGUUUUGAGUUCGCUUCAAGGAGUUUUGUCAUCGAGCCUCUUCCACAGAGAGAGCUGCUUGGAGAGGCUCUGUAAUUCGGCCUUUUAUGUCAUCAUCCCUCAUUACCAUGUCUCAUGCCCAGACAUCAAGAAGCCUAUGGAACAUGGCUGCACCAGGGGCUUUCAUUCCAGAAGCAAAUCUUUAAUAUGCCAGCCAAGGAAGGGCAUUACCUUAGUGAACAUUACAUUCAACCAAGUCGGAUCAGACUACAAGUUGUACUUACACUGAUUGUCAGCUCUACACAUUAGUCAUCUUGCAUGGACUCCAUAAAGCAGGCUUUGGCAUUGGGACCAGCAAGUCACCAGCCACAGUAUACCUGUAAAGAGAAAUAAAUGUAUUGUUACAUCUUACACAGGAGUAAUAGAAUCCAGCAGUAAAGAUACCUAGUCCAUGGAUCAAAUGAGGAGCUUUUAUUUAAACUAGAGAAAAGCUGCAGAGGUCAGUUCAGUUUUCGCUUUAAGCGGAUUUGUCAUUGUCCUGCUCUACAGAGAGAACUGCAAUUCGGCCUUUUCUGUCAUCAUUCCCAGCAGCACUAACCCAAGUUUAGUGAGAACAAAAAUACAAGAGAAGUUUGGAAAUGUAGCAGGAGGUAUGUGCAAGCCAGUUAUAUAAAGCAGUUCUGGGCCCAUUUAACCCGUGUUUUUACAGAUAACCGGGAUCCAGCCAGUCAGUUAAAGGGACAGGAGAGUAACAGGGAUCCAGCCAGUCAGUUAAAGGGACAGGAGAGUAACAGGGAUCCAGCCAGUUAAAGGGACAGGAGAGUAACAGGGAUCCAGCCGGUCAGUUAAAGGGACAGGAGAGUAACAGGGAUCCAGCCAGUAAAAGGGACAGGAGAGGUUAUUCAGGGUAGCUUACCUUAUUCAUGGCUUCCUAUGGAGCAGGUACAUCUUGCAGUCUGUUUCCGAUCAUUCAGGGAGGGAGCAGUGUGUCCGGCCCCCGGCUGGAGCUCGGUAUAUCGGAUCGGUCCCUGAACCCCCAUCCUGUAUGGAGGAAGCUGAGCGAACACCGGGACCGAGCAGCCAUUCCCACGUGUAUAGCACAAGCAGCACAGCGCCCUCUGCCGGACACUCGGCAGCACUGCUAGUUAAAGGGACAGCGGGCUAUACCAUGUUCGCUUUCAGGGGGAGGAGGGAGAGUUUAAGUAGUUGCCCAGAGGCUGCCAUCAUGCAAUGCUUGGUAUUUAGCAGCUCAGGGAGGAUAUCUCCACCUAACUGGCCCCUUAGCAGCGCUGGGUUUAGGAAAUACCCGAGAGCCUGCCAUUACUUCUGUAUAGCAGAGCCCAAGGGACCCCCUGCAGGAUGGACCCAGCCCAGGGAGCCAGCAUUGCCUCUGCCCCACACAAUCCAGGGAGCUACCAAUACUCUGCAUGUGAUAAAAGCCAAUGUUCCAUUCCAAGUUACUGAGCCCACAUGGACCCCAGCUAUACAGGAAAGGAGCCCAUCACUGGCUCUCACUCCUGCAGUAAACAUGUGCUACCUUUCACAAGGACAGCCCAGGGCCAGUGACUUGGUAGCCCUAUUCCAUUUUAGGGGAUACUGUUACUAA